AUGCCACACCUGGAGGAACACGAGGUGCAAAGACUCCCCCUCAAUAUUUCAGCCGUCAUAACCGGACAUAAGGUGGCCAGGAUACAUGUAGACGGGGGAAGUAGAGUAGAGGUAAUAUAUGAACACUGUUUCCUGAGGUUUGACUGGGAUGUUAGGGACAGGCUUGAGGAGGACUCGAUUCCUCUCGUUGGUUUCAACAAUAGUGUAUCUCACCCCCUUGGAAAGAUUAGGCUCCCAUUCACUGUCGGAGUAGGAGACCAUGUCCGGACCAUAACUCUCACUUUCACGGUCGUCCAGGUACCCUCAAAAUACAAUGCAAUCCUAGGAAGGCCAGGGAUAGGUGACCUGCAAGCACAUGCUUCAACCCCACACGGAGCUCUGGUAUUCCAAACGCCGAAGGGCUUGGCUUGGGUAAAGUUUUCAUAUGAAGUAGUGUCUUACGUUUCUGACGGAGAUAUGACUGGGAUUCCAAGAAGUCUGAUUGAACACCGGCUUAAUACGUACAUUUGGGUGCAGCCGGUAAAGCAAAAGAAACGGAGUAUGGGCCCUAGCAAGAGAAGAGCUGAAUGUGAAGAAACCAGGAAGCUACUUAAAGCAGGGAUAGUAAGGGAGGUGAAGUAA